AAUUAUCCCCUGAGUCAGCAGGAGCGACGCCGCCCCCUCUGAAAGGCAUUCUGAUCCCGAAGGACUCGGAGCCAGCACCACCACACAGGCCGCCUCGGGCUCCUGGCGUCUCUCACUCUCCACUCGUCCUCGUCCUCCAUCAUCCUGUUAUUCUGCUCCUCUCGCCAUCUCAUUCAAUUCACAAUCCUCCACUUUCUCCACGAGACACCUUCAACUAACGCCUUCCACUCCAUAAGCACACGCCCCAUUCGCUGCCGCGCAUCAUGAGCGCACUACAAAAUCGCGGCGCUAACAUGUCGCGCAAGAUUCGCAUCACUAUCGUGGCUGCCGAUUCGCUGAUCAAGCGGGAUAUUCUGAGGCUGCCCGACCCGUUUGCGAUAGUGAGCGUCGAUGGCGAGCAGAUCCACACUACCUCGGUCAUCAAGCGCACUCUCAACCCUUACUGGAAUGAAAACUUUGACAUAACCGUCAAGGACAGCAGCGUUGUCGCCGUCCAAAUCUUCGACCAGCGCAAAUUCAAGAGAAAGCAGGACCAGGGGUUCUUGGGCGUUAUCAACAUCAAGGUCUCGGACGUCCUAGACCUUGAGCUGGGUGGCCAAGAAAUGCUCACGCGCGACCUUAAAAAGGGCUCUGAGAAUGUUGCUGUCAACGGCAAACUCAUCAUCUACCUUUCCACCCAGACCAACCAGCCCAUCUCGAAUCCUGGACCAACUGUCGAGGACCGCAACGUCACAAUGCUCACUGGCAACAACUCAACCCAGGCAGCCGCCACCAGCGGUUUGGAGACGCGCGUGAGCAACAACGCUCCCACCCCCGAGCAGCCAUCCAGCCCGGCUGUCCCAAGCCAGCAGGUCCAGGCUCCAGUACCACCGCAGCACCCUGUUCCACCAGUGCAGCAGCCCCAGCAGCCAGCGCCAACGCCUCCCGUGCAAACCCCGCAAGCACAGGCCCACCAGGCCGCCGCCGCUGUGUCAGCCGCCACCCACCAACAACCAUCCGCUCAGUUUGACUCCCGCUCCGACCAGCUGGGGCCUCUGCCACCUGGCUGGGAGCGUCGCAUCGACCACCUGGGACGCCAGUACUAUGUUGACCACAACACGCGCACAACGACCUGGAACCGACCUUCAACUGAUCAGAACAACAACAAUUCAAGCCGCAUCGCCGAUGACAAUGCCGCCCGACAGCGCCAUAACAAUCGUCUCCUUGCGGACGACAUUCUGGAUGCGCAGCCCGGCACUGGUGGCUCGCACACCCCGAACAGUCAGACGCAGCAGGUGCCGUCAAUUCCUGUCACCCAGCAGACAGCGCCUGGCUCAGGUCCUCUCCCUGCCGGUUGGGAGCAACGCUUCACUCCGGAGGGGCGGCCAUACUUCGUCGACCACAACACCCGCACUACUACCUGGGUCGACCCUCGUCGCCAGCAGCUGCUGCGUGUGAUUGCACCCGGCAAUACGGGCAUGACCGUGCAGCCGCAGACAGUCAGCCAGCUUGGUCCCCUUCCCUCCGGCUGGGAGAUGCGUCUUACCUCGACCGCGCGCGUGUACUUUGUGGACCACAACACGAAGACCACGACUUGGGACGACCCCCGUCUGCCAUCGUCACUUGACCAGAACGUUCCGCAGUACAAGCGCGACUUCCGCCGCAAGCUUAUCUACUUCCGCUCGCAGCCUGCGCUCCGUUCCAACACGGGACAGUGUCACAUCAAGGUGUCGCGCGAGAACAUCUUUGAGGGCUCGUACACUGAGAUCAUGCGCCAGUCGCCCAAUGAUCUCAAGAAGCGCUUGAUGAUCAAGUUCGAGGGUGAGGACGGUCUCGACUAUGGAGGUCUCUCGCGUGAAUUCUUCUUCCUGCUCUCGCACGAGAUGUUCAACCCCUUUUACUGCCUGUUCGAGUACUCGGCCCACGACAAUUACACACUCCAGAUUAACCCUAACUCUGGCGUCAACCCGGAGCAUCUGAACUACUUCAAGUUCAUCGGCCGCGUCGUUGGCCUCGGCAUUUUCCAUCGCCGUUUCCUCGACGCCUACUUCAUCGUUUCGUUCUACAAGAUGAUCCUCAAGAAGAAGAUUACGCUCGCCGAUCUGGAGUCUGUUGACGCUGGUCUUUUCCGAGGUCUUACCUGGAUGCUGGAGAACGACAUUACCGACGUCAUCGAGGACACGUUCUCUAUCACUGAGGAGCACUUUGGCGAAGUCGUUACAAUCGACCUCAAGGAGGGCGGCCGCGAAAUUGAUGUAACAGAGGAGAACAAGAAGGACUACGUCGACCUUGUUACCGAGUACCGUAUCUCGCGUCGUGUCAAGGAGCAGUUCGAGGCCUUUAUGAGCGGCUUCAACGAGCUUAUCCCGCAGGAGCUUAUCAACGUGUUCGACGAGCGCGAGCUCGAGCUUCUCAUUGGCGGCAUGUCCGAGAUCGACGUCGACGACUGGCAGAAGCACACCGACUACCGUGGAUACAACCCAAGUGACGAGGUCGUCGAGUGGUUCUGGAAGAUCGUCCGCUCGUGGCCAGCCGAGCGCAAGUCGCGUCUCCUUCAGUUCACCACCGGCACAUCGCGUAUCCCUGUCAACGGGUUUAAGGACCUGCAGGGCUCUGACGGCCCCCGCCGCUUCACUAUCGAAAAGGCUGGCGAGGUCACCCAGCUGCCUAAGUCCCACACUUGUUUCAACCGUAUCGACCUGCCCGCGUACAAGUCUUACGACGCACUUGAACAGAAGCUUACGCUUGCUGUUGAAGAGACCGUGGGCUUCGGCCAGGAGUAAUUUAUACACGCUCACUCCGGCCCCACUACCACGCCUUCCGCUUAGACUGUACUUGGACUCUCAGAUCGUAAUAUUCCAUCCCUGUAUCGACCUGUUGCUGAAUGGAAUG